AUGUUUGAGACCACAAAAAAGGUCCGUGAACCAGCCUGGAAAACAGAAACUACCAAACAGAUUUAAACUGUUAAAAGGUGUCUAAAGGGCUGAUCUGUUUCUGUUUUUGUGAUUUUUUAAACUUUUUCAUGAAUUAAUUCAAACUUUGACUGACGGAACAAAAAAACCUUGUGGAUAUUUUCUCACCGUUUCGAGUUUCACGGACGAAGAAGACAUCAGAUCAGACAUCUGAUCCCUCAGCGUGACAAGACAUGAACCCACGGACAUCCAAACAGGACAAACGAACAGCGUCUAACAUCCGAACCCAAACUGUUUCAUUUCAGAACCAGAACCGGCUAAAGCGGAACUAUGUGUACGAACAGUCUAAGUAGCCGGACUGUAUAAAGCGAGGGACCACUUACCAGCGCUUUUUUUUUUUUUUUUUUUUUUUUUUUUUUUUUUGUUCAAACAAACAGAAUUCAUAAUAUUUAAAGGCACCAAAGUCACGUUACUCCUAGUUUAAUAAAAAAAAACAAAUUUUCGUGUUUUUAUUUAAUUUUUUUAUUUUUACAUCUUUAAAGAAAACCCGCUCUGCCACUAACCCGGAAGAGAAAGAAGGCAACCAAUCAGCUGCACGGAUUGUUGCCAUGCGCAGUAGAGUCGGUGAUGGUGGUAUGGCGUCUGAAGGUGAAUGAAAAUUCUAACAUGUUCAUCGAUUAACCGGAUUAUUAAUCCACGAAUUUAACUUUUUACAGCUGAUUUAAGUGAAGAAUCGAGACUUUUUAAACCCGAGUUUAACUGAGAGACAGUCUGAGGUGAGUAAAAUCAGGUUAUUAAUCAUCGAUCAAGACAAAAUAAUAGAUUAACUGGAGACAAAGAUGAGAUUUUUAACUCAUGUUACUGACUACUAUCAUUAAUUUAUUGACUUUUAUAACAUUAAAAUGAUUAAAAUCUUUGUGUUUUGAUUCGUAGUUGUUUCAGAUACUGAGCAGAACUUUAACUUAAUAAUUAAAUAAAAUAGAAUUGUAUUUAAUUUCAGUCUGAAUCCUGAUACAGUGGGUUAAAAAUAGUAUUUGACAGACACUGAUUCUGUAAAUUGUCCCACAUUAAAAAAAUGAGAGAGGUCUGUGAUGUUCAUUAUAAACUUCAACUGUGAGAGACAGAAGGUAAAAAAAUAAAAACAGGAAAUCGUUUUGUUUGAUUUGUUAAUCAUUUUUGUUUAAUGGUGUAGAAAAUAAGUUUUUGAUCAAUAACAAAAUUUCACCACAAUACUUUAUAAUGGGGCCCGACCGAUAUGGAUUUUAUUUAAGGUUUAAUACAGUAUUUAAUUAUCAGGUCUGAGUCUAAACCGGUGAUGGUCAUUAUGAUCCUAAAGUCUGAAAUCCUCUCUCCUCUCUGCUCAGCGGUCAUGGCCGGUCUGUCGAACUACGCCCUGCGGAUGGCCCGGCUGAGCGCUCAGAUCUUCGGGGAGGUCGUUCGUCCCACAGACUCGAAAUCCAUGAAGGUGGUCCAGCUGUUCAGAGAGCAGCCCAUGGCUAAGAGGAAGGAGGUCUUCGACUGGUACCCGCAGCACAAGGUCUACUACUCCAUGACCCAGAAACUGCGCUUCAUGGGACUCUUCAGGUACUCAGAGAACCGGACCGUCCUGAUUCACACAGUUAUCCUGGAGAUCCUGUUCCCCUGUAGCUGCUUCAAGAACCUCAACAUAGAUGAUUUAUGCAGGAGGUGUUCAGUCUCCUUAUUGGUUAAAAACGUAGUGUGGCGUGAUCUGCUGAGGACGUCUCUUUGUGCUCCUCGGCCAUAAAUCUUAUCCUGUUGGAAAACCUCUUUACUCACGUCGACAGUAAAACAAACAACAAAAACAAACACUCUGAUAUCUGAAGGAGACAAAGGUUAAAGCAGCAAAAUACAGACGCUUCAGGAGGUUCUUUCUUUAAACAGAUUCACAGAUGAAUCAUAAAUCCAGAGUUUUUGUUUUUAGCUGGUGUGAAAAGAGUUCUGAGCCCCCCAGAGUGAUGUUUAAAGAUUUAUAACCAGGACUUUAACAAGGAUGUUUACCAUUUGAAGACAUUUCCAUAAAAUCCUGGUCUUCGUCUUUCUGCGCUCAUGACUCUGCUGUUUUUACUUCCAGAGACGAACACGAGGACUUCAAGGAGGAGAUGCUUCGUCUGAGGAAACUGAGAGGGAAAGGGAAACCGAAGAAAGGAGAAGGAAAGAGAGCGACCAAGAGGAAGUGAUGAACAGUCCUCCUUCAUCUUCAUCUUCAUCUUCACUUUAGUUGGACUUUUUCAGGCGAUGGUCUUUGGACACUGAGAGGAGACAGUCGAUCCUGGAAGAAUGAAAACCGUCGGACCCGCUGAACAGUUUCCUCUCUCAGCUCCUCUGGAAACUUUCUGUGUUUCUAAUAAAGUUUCUUCACUUUCCUGUUGAAGUGGGAUUAAAAUCUGACAUUUUAAUCUGAGUGAAGUGAAAGAUUAUCAUUUAUGAUCAGCUCAGUCUGCUUCAGAGAGCGUGUCAGCCGAGAGAGAGAAAGGAUGUAAAGACACAGAAAUGUUCUUUCAAAAUAAAACCUGUUGUUGAGUGCAUUAAAAGGUUUUACUGUCUGCUGUUCAACAACACAAUAAACAACACGGUAAACAUC